CAACAGCGAAAAGCACUGGAGGAGACGAAAGCCGUGAUACCAGCAGUCCGGGAACGCAUCACCAGCGCAAGGGAGAAGCUGGAGAGUCUUUUGGACAACGCAACCACAGACGAAGAACGCAACAAUGCUAUGGAGACCUUGAAGUCGGCUAAGGAGGCACAGAAGGACGAUCCAAUUGCCGGCGCCGAG